UUCUCACAAUACUUAAUAGUGUAUAGAGACCGCCAUGGCUGUUUCACAGGUUGUGUUGGUGUUAACCAUAUGCGUGGCUUUGAUACCAUGUUUGAUAGCUCAAGGUCCAUCUGCUUCACCGCCACUGUCAAUGCCACCCAGUGUUUCUGUCCCGCCGAAAACUUCUGCUACUCCUCCCUCGGCUGUCACUCCUGUUUCCUCACCCUCACCAACGAUUUCCACUCCUCCUUCCACUGCCCCUAGCUCAGUGGCCUCAACCCCAUCACAAACCCCACUCAUCCCAAGCCCUUCUGCCGCCCCAACGGCACCUUCAACAUCUAUAGCUUCUCCUCCAACACCACCUUCUACGGAUAUGGGCUUAAAACCUCCAGCCACAUCUCCGGUCUCUUCCACACCUGGCUCCACUGCUUUUGUCCACAAAAGCAGCAUGACCUGGGUAGUAGCAUUAAUCGGAGGAGUUGCUCUACUCUUUGCUUAGGAGACAGGGUUUUGCUUUCUAAACUUUUUUACUAUAUGUAGAUCAAAAGUCACUUAUAUUUUUGUAUUCUUUUCUUGUUCCUUUGUUUACUUUUGGAUCCUUUAUUUCCUUCUAUCUUAUAGUGAUUCUCGUAGCUGCAUUUGUGAUUUCUGAGGUUCCUUAGAGAUUUCUAAGGACUCUGUUUUACAGCUUCUCUGUAGCAUUUUGAGUUAGCAGAAUAAGAGUGAAAGUGAUUC